CGAUGUCCAAUGUACUCGCAUUUGGAUUGACUGAGAAUGAAUGCUGGUACGAGCGGUCAACGAAUCGAUACAGAGAUGCUGGAUUUCCGCGCUCUUCCCGCCGGUUGCCUCGCCGGCAUCAUCUCCUUGACCAGUCCUUUGGAUGCCUGUAGAUUGUCACUAGUUUCCCCCUUUUUCAAUUCUGUCGCCAGUUCCGACGCCGUUUGGGUUAAGUUCCUGCCGGCUGACUACCAGAAUUUGAUUCCUGCAUCGCCCUCCGUUUCUUCCUUGAAGAACCUUUAUCUCAGCCUCUGCGAUCAUCCUGUCCUCAUAGAAGACGGCAGAAAGAGCUUUUCACUGCACAAAAGGAGUGGGAAGAAAUGUUACAUGCUAGCUGCCAGGGACCUCACAAUUACAUGGGGUGAUACUCCUCGUUAUUGGAGUUGGAACUCAGUACCAGAUUCCAGGUUCCCUGAGGUUGCAGAGCUUCUUGCAGUUUGUUGGUUUGAAAUCAAUGGGAUGAUUAGUACUUGCAAGCUUUCUUCAAUGACACAUUAUAAGGCAUACCUUGUGUUCAAGCUGACAGCCACAGUUUAUGGAUUUGGAAAUGAACCUAUAGAAGCUGCUAUUCAACUUAGUGGAACUGGAGAUUUACAACGAACUGUGUUUCUGCAUGCAGAAGGUGAAGAUGUACAAAAUGAUUACCGAUACCCAAUAGAGAGGGAAGAUGGUUGGUUAGAGCUAGAGUUGGGUGAAUUCUUCAAUGAAGGAGGUCAACAUGGCAAAUUGGAAAUACGGAUUUUUCGUUUCAAUGGUCGCUGGAAGGGCGGUGUCAUUAUUGAAGGCAUCGAAAUCAGGCCAAAUUAGCAGGACAUGACAAUAUAUUCUUCCACUCUUUGUAUUUUGUGUGGUAAAACAUUGCUCCUCGUGUUAAAUUGCGAUUAUCAUGCACUAGUUUUCAUAAACAUAUGAGUUCUACUGUUAUCUAGACGUGGUCUGUAAAAUCUUUAUUUAAACAAUGCAUGCCUAAUCUAUAAAGUUAAUUACUAGUU